AUGAAUAAUCACAAUAGAGGAAAUACAUCUCAUCAUCUUCCUCCACAAGAUGAUCAUUACUUCAACUCAAGGUCUCACAGUAGUAACUUAAGAGAUGCUAGUGAAGAUGAGAAGGACGAAUCCCCUGUCUCUGUAAAAGGAGAGAGCAAAAGUAUAGCUGAGGAAGAAAGGAAAAACUAUAUUGGAAAUGACUCUGACAACGAUAGUGACAUUUUAAGGAAGGAAAUUAGAUUUGAUGACCAACACUCUCAUCUAUCAGGACAGGACAACAUAAAUAGAAUUGGACCUGAUGACGACGAACAGAAGGAGAAGCUAGGAAGAUGAAUUUUCAGACAUAAUCAGACUAUAAGAUUAAGAUGGGAUCUUAUUGUUAUCUUCUUCGCUCUAUACAAUUGCAUCAGUAUCCCAUAUGAAGUUGCAUUUGAGGAGGGUUUCUCUAAUCAUGUGUCAAUUCUAGUCUUUGAUUAUCUGGUUGAUUUCUGCUUCUUCCUGGACAUCCUUUUCAACUUUAGGACCACUUAUAUUAAUUCAAAGACUGGAACAGAGAUUAUUUCCUCAAGAAGGAUUUUUAUUAAUUAUACUUUCCAUGGAAGAUUCUUUAUUGACCUUUUAGCAACAAUUCCAUUUGAAUUGGUGGUUUCUGUUAUUAUGCCUAAUACAAAUUUUUCUUUCCAAGUAUUUGGGCUUCUAAAAUUGGUCAGGCUUCUCAGACUUGGAAGAAUCAUCACAUAUAUGAAGUUCAAGCAAGGUCUCAAGAUUGGAUUCAGAAUUUUCCAACUUCUUUUCUUCUUACUUCUUCUUGUUCAUUGGAUUGGAUGUAUCUGGUACAUGCUUGUGAGCAGUAUGGAUUCAUGGAUUCCACCAAAAGAUCUUGAUGCUGGGGAAACAGACUUCUACAGGAUUAGUAACUUAAGAAAAUACACUGUAGUAUUUUACUAUGCUAUUUUACUCAUUGUGGGUAACGAAAGUGCACCAAGAACAACAAGCCAGACAAUUUUUUCAUCACUAGUCGUCAUUAUGGGAGCAAUUGUGACAGCCCUUAUUUUUGGUAACAUGGCUGCCUUAAUGGCUACUAUCAAUAAGAAGGACUCUCAUUUGCAAGAACAGAUAGACUUUGUUUCUACCACGAUGAGGAGUAUCAAGCUGCCGGAGGAUAUACAAAAUCAAGUUAUUGAAUACCUUAUGCACUGCCAAGAAACUCCAGAUUUGAGAAUGUUCAGUAGAAUAUCUCCUUCACUGAAAAACAAAAUUUUGAAUCACAUGUACAACAAAAUCAUACAGGAGAUAGACAUUUUCCAUGGAUGAACAGACAUUGAAAUAGGGUUCAUUGUAAACAAUCUUAAGACUAUGCUGUUCCUGGUUGAUGAUGAAAUCAUCAGACAAGAAGAUUUUGGGAACAAGAUGUAUUUCAUCUCAAGUGGUUCGGUAGAUGUCUUCCUCACAAUUGAAAAACCAAACAAAGAUGCAAAGAAAGCUCUUAGGGAAAGAGACCAAGAUAUUGACUCACAAUCUGAUGUAGGAGGAGAAGAUAACUCCCUCAUUAGGCAUGUGGUUAGGAUUAAUAAGCUUGGCAGUGGAACUUACUUCGGUGAAAUUGCUAUGGUCACAAACCUCAAAAGAACAACUACUGUUAGAGCUGCAGAUAAUAUUAAUCUUGUGUAUCUUACAAGAGAAAAUUUUGCAGAUAUCAAGAAAGAAUUUCCACAAGUCUAUUUGAAUUUUAAGAGAAAUAUCAGGAAUUAUGACGACCAUGAUUUUGAAUUCAGAAGAAACAUGAUUAAGAAUACCCCUUAUUUCAGAAAAUUAGAUAGAGAGGUGAUAGAUGAAAUUGUGUAUUUGCUGAAGCCAAAUAGAUAUGAUCCUAACACAACAAUAAUUAAGUAUGGUGAUAUCACGAAUAAGAUUCAUUAUUUGAAACAAGGAGAGGUUGUUGUUUCGAUUCCAACAAAGAACGGAAUCUCUCAAAGUGAAACACAUUUUGAGACUCUUAAUGCUGGAUCUUGCUUCUGUGCCUUCAGUGCUUUCUCUGGUGAUAUCCAGCAGCUUGUUAACUUUAAAGCCAGAACUUCAUGUAUUGUUGAAACCAUUGACGUUGGAGAUCUUGAAUACAUCGAAAGGACUUAUUUACAGCUUAGUGAUGAAAUCAAGAAACUCAGACUGCUCGUAGACAACAAAGACAAAUCUGAGCUUGACUUCUUCAGAUAUCUCAAGCCGCUCAAGCGAGAACACAAAGCCAGCGUCAAGCAACAAGUCAGAAAGAAGUUCCAGGCUGCUGUCAGAAAGUUCACUGAAAUGCACAGAAAAGACAAAAACUGUUUGCCCAAUGCAUUGCUUGCACUCAGAGACAUCAUGCGAGAACGGAGAAGAAAACAGAAAGAAAUUUUACAUUUACAGCGUAUCAACACGAUCAAGUACUUGCAAGAAAAGUCUCCACUGAUCCAUCCAUCUCAAGACAUGAACUCUCAAGGAGUCAACAUGUUCAUCAACCAGACCAUCAACAAUCAGUACAACUUCCAGAACUUCAACAUCCAGAACACAUCGAGCGGGACUCUGCCUCAGGUGCAGUCAGCAGCUUCGUUCGGACACAAAGAACAUGAAGAACUCGAGAUGCUCAGGAAGAUGGACGAAGAAGCUCGCAAAGAAAAGACCAAGACCAACCAGAACCUCAGCAAACUUCUCAACCUCAUUGAAGUGCACAAUGGAACACUCGAAGACAUCGAAUCCAAGUUCAAGAAAGAGUUCUCAGACAUCAAAGACAACAUUCGCAAGAUCAAGCAACAGCAACAACAAGAGUCUGAGAAACUCAGAAUCAUUAGAGAGGAUGCACACAAAGCUCAGCAAGAACAGGCUGAACGAUUCGAGCGGGAACAACAGCAGAGACUUCAGCGAGAGCAGCAAGACAGUCUCCACAGACAGCAGCAAGACCAGCUUUAUCGUGAACAACAAGACAGGUCACCUAGAGAUGAUGAAGGAGACUACACACAACAAGAGCACAAACAUCAAACUGAACAAACUGAGCACCAACAAAGAACAGCAACUGACCAAACACACAAACAGUACGAGCAUUCUUCUGAAGUCGAAGCCAACCUCGAAGAAGUAAAAGACUCCAAACAUCACAAGAAAGCUCAGCAUGAAUUUUCGAAGAACACUCUCAAAGAACUGUAUCCGAGAGAGCAGUCUCCAGCCGACAAGCCAGAAUACAGCAACUCGAUGGACCAUGAUGACGUAGGAGUGUUUGCUGCUCCUGAAGCUUCUGUGGCUCACAAGAACCCACUGGCAGCACAGUCAAAUCAGACCAAGAAGAAAACCACCAAGAGGAUGCAGGGUGUUGGCAAAAACCAGAGUCUCAAAGCUCCCAGAGACUCCGCCGAAAUCAAGGCUGGUCAACCUAACUCUGCUGUGUUGGCGCAAGACAACGAGUCUCAUGACGAUGAAUCGAAGUCAGACCACCCUGAACUUCUGAAGCUAAACAGCAACUCCGGAAUGCUCAAUGCUGGAGAAUCUCCGAAACAAGAAAUCGAUCUGACUGAUGAAGAAGACUUCCAGAAAGAUGUCAACCACUACGAAAACAACUACAAAGCUCAUGACCACAGCCAAGAACACAGCCACGAAGACUCUGACAGCGAGAGUGAGAGCCAGCCUGAAGGGGAAGAAGCCAAGAAGCAGCUCAACGAUAACUUCAGACAGAAUGUUCCACACGAUGAAGCCCGGAAGAAACUGAGCGAAGCCUCUUUUGAAGAGUCGAGCAUUGGAGAACACAACGAAGGAGACUUGGCUGAGGAAGAACAGGUUGACUACAAGGAGAACAUGCCAAGACUCAAUGAACAUGAAGUUAUCGCUGAUGCCAAGAAAUCCAAGAAAAGAAAAAGAAAGAUCAAAUUUAAGAGAGGUAAUAAACAAUCCCAUCAAGAAAUGGACAUAAUGAUGAGGGAGCAGGCAAACAAAAAAGAAAAAGUAUCUUUAGCUAAGAAUUCUAAGCCUAAGAAAUCAUACCAUGCUUACCUAGAGCAUCCUAGGAUGAGACAUCAGCCAUCUUACCAGUCCCCAAGAAGACAGAAGGCUGAAGAAGAUGAAGAGUUCGGACUCUCUGUUAGACCAAGGAAGAAAUAAUUCAAGUGAUAAAAAUUCAAUAAAC